UUAAAUGAAGUUGCUCGCCAUGGUGCCCUGGCGAGCCGUUGGGUUUCUGGUGGCUUUGUGCACCGGAGCUUCCGCGCGGGCAAAGCCAUCCAACCAAUCAGUGGGAGAGAUCGUGCAGGAGGCAGCUUUGGAGAACCUCCACCAGCUGGAGGCUGAGCGGACGAAACUCCAGAAGGGUUUGCGCUAUGCGAAAACUUAUCUGGCGGAUUCACAGAAAGAGUUGGUGAACCUCACAGCAGAGGUUGCCAAGAGCAAUAUCUCUGAGGAGCUGAAGGCAGCCGAAAAAGACUACGAGAGGUUGCACGGCCAAGCAGAAGAGGUUACUGCUCAGGAGACUCGUUUGUGGAAGGAAACCUUGCACCAGCAGGAUCAGAUGAAUGAAGCGAAAAAAAAGUACCGCCGGGCGAUGCAACAGCUUGCGGUCAAUGAAGCUGCCUUGAAAACGAAAGCGCAACGCCUGGCGAAGGCUGGCAACUCUUCGGCGGAGGCGGCGCUGCCGCACAGUGGGGCCAAGAGGUGUGGUUUGCUGCUAGCGUUGGCUGUGGGCAUCGUCUUCGGAGUGAAGCCCUUUCCUGCAUAGCAAAGGAAAA